UUUAAUUCUCCUCUGUCUUUCCCAUCUUUCCCUUCCGGUUUCUUGACAGCAAUGUGGCCGUCUUUGUUGUUUUACCUUGGACUGAAUCUGAAUAAGAUGGUUGUCCCGACUCCCGCUAAUAGCCGCAAGUGAGGAUCACUUAGGGCCAUGCAGGAGACUAAAGUGCUUCAAUCCAACAAGUCUGGAAGCUGGGCACUUACUCAAUCUACUCUCCGGGCCUAAUUUGUUAUCACGAAUUGGGUGCUGCCUAGUGGCCAAGAGCCUAUUAAAUCCCGCUGGUACUUAUCACGGCGCUCAGCGUGGAGCGGCUCUCAGCCGGACAACUGACUUAAAUCAUGCAGCCACCUGCUGUUGAUCAUGCUCCUCUUGUCCUAUCUGAGUGAGUGUACUCUCUAAUGAUUUCCCUCCCUUCUCACUCAUUAUCAAUCGACCAUGUCGUCAUCAAUACCGGCCAGCAUAACCUCCCUAAGCACCAUAUUCACCCCGCCUGCAGAAUGCACCACGAGAUGGACAUAUGAGGGCUCCGCCUACAACCAAAUCUCAAAUGGCCUGCUGCUUCAGAAUGCAGUAGCCGUGGAUUGGACCUGCUUUCCUGGUGGCUUUUCCAACACCGGCAGAGUGGCUUAUGGCUCGGCCUACAGCCCCGACUGGUGUCCAUAUGGGUACACCUCUCCGCAGGUGGACAUUGUGGGCACCGCGACAACGGCCGUUUGUUGUAUAUCAGACUUCACCUAUUACACAACACCCACGACUGUUGGAGACCUUAUAUCCACCAAUGUGGUGUUCGCCGGCUGCCUCAGUAUGUAUCCCGCAUCGGACGGUUCAACAAGCGUCCCCUGCCGCAACGAUACUGCCAAAACAUGCAACACCGUCGUCUCAGGCCCGAUUACCAUGUGGGCUCAGCCUAUUACCGUCGCCUUCAAUAAAGAACAAGCCAGCGCAUACAACUCCAUUACAGCCUCCCCAAGCUCAACUAGUGCCUCUAGUCUGUCCACUCAAUCACCAGCAGCCGCAGCCGCAGCAUAUUCCACCAUCGCUCAGUCCACUUCCACUUCCACAACAACACCGCUUCAAGACGAAUCGAAAAAUACGGGUCUAUCCACAGGUGCCAAGAUUGGUAUUGGCAUCGGUAUUGCCGUGGCGGUUCUGCUGCUUCUCAACUUCACCGCAUUGUUUUGGUACCGGCGCUACCGAAAAGCGAAGGCAGCCCAUGGCAAAGAAGACAUAUCUUAUUUACGACAAUACCGUCAGCCGGGGGUCGUCGAGCUGCAUUCGGCGCAUCGCCCACCUGAGAUGGAUGCUCCGAACCGUUGCGAAAUGGCGGCCCCAGCAGGCAUGACGUAUCGCGACCGGGUCGAGCUCUAUGGGUGAUCGUUGCAUGUAUAUACAUACGAUUGUUAUCCAUUACACCCAUCAUUUGUCGCGAUGCAGUUUUUAGCAUUGUUACUACACCAGCCUCUCAGCUAGUGAUGCUUCAGACGGCAGUUCUGCGUAUCCUUUUCUUAUCAGUCGAGGAGAAGCCCCUACCUUGUUCAUUUUAAUCUUCAGGUUUAUUGUCUGUGGUGCUCUGCAUUUUGUACUGGAUUGAUUUGUUAUUUCAUGACAUGACUGCCACAGCUAUUUCGUUAUUGGCG